AUGAUCAGCGCCAACCGCCGCAGCGAAGCUUACAGCUACGCUUCACAAAAGACACUACAAGCAAAAUCAUACUUCUGCUGCUUCUGGAGAGAGGGCGGCGCCACCCAAUUAUACGACCGCGGCGACACCAUCCUCCACUUCUUGGCCAUCUCCGGCAACGACGAAGUCAUCAAAGAACUGCUUGGCAAACGCCUGCUGACCGGUGCUCAGCUCAUGAAGCAGAACGAUAGGGGAGACACGGCGCUGCAUGAGGCGGUGAGGUACGGUCAAAAGGAGAUUGUAGAGAUGAUGGUGAAUGAGGAACCAGGACCAGGAGGGUUGGUUUUGGUGCGGAAUGAGUUGGGAGAGACUCCUCUUUAUGUUGCUGCUGCUUCUGGAGAGAUUGAAAUUUUCGAGUUCCUUGAAAAACACUGCCAAGAAAUCAUAAGUCAGAGGAGAAACGACGGCUCCACUGUUCUUCAUGCGGCGGUGAUAGGAGAACAUUACAGAAUGGCUAUUCAUAUAGCAGGCUCACACGAAGAGCUAGCUCAGAAACAUGAUGAUCAGGGCAACACGCCAUUGAAUUUGUUGGCCACAAUGCCAUCUUCCUUCAGGAGUGGGAGUGGGUCUACGUAUGAUUUAAGAAAUCUAGGCAGGACGGCCUUCCUUCCCCUGCAAAUUAUUGAAGCUAUAACCUAUCGCUAUAUGCCACCAAUGUAUGUCGAGACUAAACCUACCGGUGAUGAGGAGAAUCAACUUAAUGACAAAGUUGCUGGCUUUGCUUGGUUUCAAGAAGUUGAUGAUGCAAAGCAAAAACACAUACUUACAAUGGCGUUGGCAAAAAAUCUAAUUCUUCAAGAGAAGGAAUGGAGUCGCAACGUGUGCUGUGAAGAUGACAACGACGACGACUCCUCUGAAGCCAGUUGGAGUGAAUUUUCAUCGAAGAAGAAGAAGAACAAAGUCCCAAACCCGCUUAUACAAGCAAUCAUUCAUGGCAUCGCUGAGUUAGCACAGGAGAUCCUUAAAAAUUACCCCGACGCUGUGAAUUCCCUCGAUGAGAAGGGAAGGAACAUACUGCAUAUAGCGGUUAAGCAUAAACANAACCCGCUUAUACAAGCAAUCAUUCAUGGCAUCGCUGAGUUAGCACACGAGAUCCUUAAAAAUUACCCCGACGCUGUGAAUUCCCUCGAUGAGAAGGGAAGGAACAUACUGCAUAUAGCGGUUAAGCAUAAACAGGCAGACCUUUAUGAUUUCUUCCAGAGGAAAGUAUUUGACAAGGGCGAUAGAUGGAGGGCUGACGUUGAUGAUGAAAAGAACACCAUUUUGCAUCUUGCCACAUACAAAGAUAGCAUUCCUAACGACCCCCUUGGAGUCAUACAAAAAAUGGCAUGGGAUGUGCUAUGGUNCAAGGACGAUAGAUGGAGGGCUGACGUUGACGAUGAAAAGAACACCAUUUUGCAUCUUGCCACAUACAAAGAUAGCAUUCCUAACGANCCGGGGCGAUAG